AUAUCAACAGUUCAGUUUUUGCAAUCGACUCGGAGAACCGACGUCUGUUUUACGAGUACCACGUUAACGGUGCAGACAGAAUCCACUCAUUUGAUCUUGACAACCACAAGAGGGCGCUUUUUCAAAUUGGAGACGGGAAACUACCUUUCAUCGGCAACGUUAACGUUUUGCCAGAUCGGAGGUUAAUAAGGCAAAACGUCGGCACCAACACAUUAGUGAUAUCAGACGAGUGGGGAAGAGACCGACAAGAAGUCACUCUGUCGUCGUCCCCGACCCUGCCUUCACCGUCCAACAUUUACUUUUGGAAAGAUGUUUUGUCGUUCGAAUUUGAUCGAGGAGAAUUAAGAUUGAUUGCAAUAGGAGUGCAGGGUUCUGGUAAAAGUACGACGUGUAAUCGAAUUCUGGGCAAAGACGUUUUUAAAACGACCAAUCUUGGCGCUGAUAGUUCGAAAUCAGAAGGUAAAUACAGAAACCGAUACGGCCAGCACAUAUAUCUAGUGGAGACGCCUGGUCUUUCAAACACUGAGGACUACAACGAAGAUGAUUAUUUUAAAGAGAUUGAACGUGCACUGGAGUUGGCUGACCAGCGACCACAUGCAUUUGUUUGUGUGUUUGCUCUAGGUCAGUCACCGUUUGAAAUUACCACUAUGCUUAAAUGUUUGGGGGACCGUCUAGGUGAUGAUGUCUUUAAAUAUAUGAUUUUUGUUUUCACCAGUUCCGAAAAACUCGAGGAAGGCAAGAAAAUACACGAUAUCAUCCAUCCUAAGUUAAAGUUGUUUUUCAACAAGUGCGACGAGCGUCAUGUAAGAUUUAGCAAAGAUCCAGAUGAUAAAACAAAGGAGGAAGAAGUAAAGGAUCUCUUGCACAAAGUGUAUACUAUGACUCAGAAAAACACACCAAAAUAUUACACGUCUGAAAGAAGAUCAUAG